AUGGAGUGGGAGGACAAGGUGGAAUGGAUUCACACUGACAGAAACAGAAUUGCAGAAGAUAUAAGAAAGCUUUUCCAAGAGUGCCAGGUGAACCCCCCCAAAGUUGUGAAUGGAAACGUUAAGCGGUGUGAGAGGGGCCGGGCUGAUGAUGCCGGCAGUGCUCAGUGCAGCUCCCUGCAGGUGGAGGAGCUGGCGCUGCAGUCCCUGAUCAGGGCCCGUGAGGAGAACGUCCCUGUGCCCCUGCCAGCCCUGGCCGAGGACACUCAGCAGAUGAUGGACAGUGAGGCUGCCAUCAAUCAAACUGAGUUACACCUCAGUGUUCAGGAUGAUAAAGAGGAAGAGGAGGAGGAAGAGGAGGAAGAAUCUGAUUCUUGAGAGAAAAAAAAUCAGAGAAGGUUUUUAAUACAGACUCAGGAAUUUUUUCUUCAUUCAUCUGAAACUCACCAAGUGAUUUCCGUUCUGUGCUGUGUGUGGAUAUGAACUAUUUGAUAUAUCGGAGUCAAGGGCAGUGACACUGAACAUGUGAAUUUCAGAGCCUGGGCACAUCUUGACUCAGAUGUUGAAAGAAUGAAAAUUGCUGCACAAAUAUGUAGCAUAAUCCAUUCCACAUUUCAAACCUAAUGUAGCUCUUACAACAUCUUUGUAUGUGGAAGGGAGAAGUAGUUGAUCAACCAGACUAAUUAACACGUGCACUAAAAGCAAUAACUUGUCUGUUCUCACUUCCUGAUGUGAGAAACAAAUCCAGGUCCUGGAGGCUGGUGCUGCCCCAGUGAUUACAUUACAACCUCAUUUGCCUGAACUGGGAAUUUAAGAGACAGGGUGAGAAAAGAUGUGUCCAGGGCUGUCUCCAGCCUUCAGCUGCUGUGUUCUGAGUUCCAUGGAAUGCUGGAGUUACUCUCAGAGUCCUCCCAAUGUCAGCCCAACUCUGAGCACAGCAGGGAGGUCCCUCUGUCCCUCUGGUGCUCUUCAGUUCUGUCAGUCUGUGCCAGAGAAGGACUUUCUACUUCUGCUCCUUCAGAGCAGCAGCCAAGGAGCCUUUUAUUUGUCCACAAAUUGUAGAGUAAGAAAUGAUCUGUGGUGCUUGUAAUAAGCUAAUACUCUUAAAUUGGUGUUAUUUCCUUUUCCUCUCAUUGUAACCUCAUAAAUCAAGGCAAGGUCACCUGUGAUUCUCAAGGAAGAGCAUGAGAAGUUUAAGAACUUAGUUAAAAAUGGAAAAUCAUGUGAAAUCUCUCCACCAUUUUUGCUUUUGGAAGUGUCUGGGAUCCUGGGGGUGGCCAGAACUGACUGUCAGCCUGCAGUGAGUUCCUGCCACUGUUUAAUGAGUGUUAAUUUGGCUCUUGUUUGGUUUGUACCACUGGAAACUGUUGGGAUGUAAAUGUGGCUUCAUCCUAAGGCUAAAGAUUAUUUGGGUUUUGAGGAUCCUGGAUGUCUUAAUGAAGGAGUUUAGAACAGGAGUGAAGAGAUUGUUUAACAGACCUUUCCCAAACCUGACAGGUAAAAAAAAUCCCAAAAGUCUGAGCCAAAAAUGUUACGGUCAAAUAAGUCCUGGCAGUGAUGUGUGUGAAGAGCUGGUUUGGGAGGAGCUCAGGAGCCAUCCUGGCCUUUCUUGGCACAUUUCAACUCCAGAGGGUAACUUUGACUGCUGAAAAAUGUUAUUUGUGCCCAGCAUGGUCCAGAGUAGUUUUCAUGGAUAGAAUUCCUGCUGCUUUUGUGAACGAGUCCCUCGCUUUUGGAUUUGAACAGCCCAGUUCUAGCGCAUGUUGCAAUAAAGUUCUUUUCCUGCUGUCCUUACACACAA